AAUUGUUACCUAGUCAACUUGCCCAAUUUCAAGAGCAUCGUAAUAAACUGCUUUGGUCAGGACCUGCUGAAGACACUAAUUUGUUUUAUCUUUGGCGUAAUACAAUGGAUGAAAUCGAAGGACCGCCGGAAUUUAUGUUUAUUGAUUCUCCAUUUGUAACAAUUUCUGACGCAGGAAAUCAGUUCAACAGCGAUUCUGUUGUUAUACCUGAAGAUGCAACGAAUUCCCAUGACAGCUUAGCGUGUGAGAUUGGCCUUCAAAACGAUUCAAAUUCGCAUACACGGUGCGCUACACCAGAGGCAUCCAAUGCAAAUGAAAUUGUGGAAGAAGCACUGACUGUAAGACAGUUCGAGGUCACAAAAUCUGUACUGAAGAAUUUGAGCAACAUUUCGAAAGACGCCAUCAAACGAACGAAACGAGCCUAUCCAUCCGUAGCAACAAGUGAAGAGUGGGGAGAAAUUUUCAGAAAGGCAGAGCAAGACAAAAUUGAGAAAGAAGAAGCAAAAAGGCGAAGAAUUGAAGAACGUGAAGAAAAACGAUGA